GUGCGGGGCCGCGGCGGACGCUGACCCGGAAGGGGAAGGGCCGGGCCGCCGCUCAAGAUGGCGCCUCCCGCGCCGCUGCUGGCAGUGAGAGGAUCCGAAGGGCUUUAUAUGGUGAAUGGGCCUCCUAGUUUCACAGAGAGCACAACGUUUCAAAGGGACUCUGGAAAAAACUGCAAAGUUGUUGCUUUUAGCAAGGACGGCUCCCUCUUCGCCUGGUGCAAUGGAGAGAAAGUCAAUGUUGUUAAUGUCUCCAGUGCUGAGCUGCUGCAUUCCUUUGAUCUCCCCAAGGCAGUUUGCCUUGAGUUCUCACCAAAGAAUAAUGUUCUGGCCACGUGGCAGGCCUACACCACUGCUAAAGAUGGUACAGCAGGGAUGCCCAACCUGCAGCUUCAUGAUGUGAAAACUGGAAAAUGUUUAAAAUCUUUCAUCCAGAAGAAGAUGCAGAACUGGUGUCCUUGCUGGGCAGAUGAUGAGAGCAUUUGUGCCAGGAAUGUGAACAAUGAAGUGCACUUCUUUGAAAACAACGACUUCAAUACUAUUGCAAAUAAACUGCAUUUGCAAAAGGUUAAUGAUUUUGUGUUAUCUCCAGGAGCACAGCCAACCAAGGUUGCUGUGUAUGUCCCGGGCAGCAAAGGAGCACCCUCCUUCGUUAGGUUGUACCAGUACCCCAGCUUUGGGGGCCCUCAGUCUGCACUAGCCAAUAAAAGCUUCUUUAAAGCUGACAAGGUGACAAUGCUGUGGAACAAAAAAGCCACUGCUGUGCUGGUGGUAGCCAGUACCGAGGUUGAUAAAACAGGAGCUUCCUACUACGGAGAGCAGACUCUGCACUACAUCGCCACCAACGGGGAGAGCGCCGUCGUGCAGCUGCCAAAAACUGGCCCUAUUUAUGAUGUUGUCUGGAGCCCCAAUUCUGUCGAGUUCUGUGUGGUGUAUGGUUUUAUGCCUGCCAAAGCAACAGUUUUUAAUCUGAAAUGUGACCCCGUGUUUGAUUUUGGAACCGGUCCUCGCAACGCUGCCUACUACAGCCCCCACGGACACAUCCUGGUGCUAGCAGGGUUUGGAAAUCUCAGGGGACAGAUGGAAGUGUGGGAUGUUAAAAACUACAAACUCAUUUCCAAACCAGUAGCCUCGGAUUCCACGUACUUCGCUUGGUGUCCCGACGGGGAGCACAUCGUAACAGCCACCUGUGCCCCCCGGCUGAGAGUCAGCAAUGGCUACAAGAUCUGGCACUACACGGGCUCUCUGCUGCACAGCUACCAGGUCCCAUCAGAGGAAGAAAUGUGGCAGGUUUCUUGGCAGCCCUUCUUGGAUGGAGUCUUCCCAGCCAAAGCUGUAAAGUACCAGGCGGUUCCGAGUGAACUGCCCAGUGCUGAGCCAAAGCCUGCUCAGGCCUACAGACCUCCAGCCCUGAGAAACAAACCCGUGACCAGUUCCAAACUGCAUGAGGAUGAGCCACCUCAGAAUAUGAAACCACAGUCAGGAAGCAGUGAUAAACCAAUGUCUAAAACAGCUCUCAAAAAUCAAAGGAAGCACGAAGCGAAGAAAGCUGCUAAACAGGAGGCCAAAGCUGAUGGGAACCAGGAGCCUGCACAGUCCUCGGUACCACAGAAGACCCCACGGAGUGCUGUGCCUGCUGUUACAUCAGGAGAUCCUGAAGUGGACAAGAAGAUCAAGAAUUUAAAAAAAGUGAAAACUAAAGGCAAUUGAGCAGCUGAAGGAACAAGCAGCUGCUGGCAAACAGCUGGAGAAGAAUCAGUUGGAGAAGAUUCAGAAGGAAACUGCUCUCCUUCAGGAACUUGAAGACUUAGAACUGGGUCUUUAAAGCUCCAUAGAAAUCCAAAUUGGCGUUCACACAAAGUCCAUGAAAACUGUAAAAUUGUAUUAACUGGAACCCAAUAAAAUGCUCCAGCACCUGUCUGGUGAUGCAGAAGGCCACAGGUUUGGUGCACACUUGCCUUCUGAGCAGCUUCCUAAGGAUUUGUGCAAUGUGUCCCCAGGGAUCCUGCUGGCCGUCCCUCUGCUCCCCCUGGGGAACUGGAGGAUUACCGUCUGACAGCUUUAUUAUAUUUUAAAAGACGUGACCUUUAUGCAACGAUGGGAUGUAGAUAAAAAUAAAGAGCAUUUACUAACAAAA